AAUCCAUAUCUGACACAUCAGAUUGAUCGAUGGUCCACAACAUUUUGCGCCACAUUGGUUGACCACAUAUAAGGCAAGUAGGACUUUUUUGUGGCUCUUAGUUUUAUUCCCCUCACCAGUUUUGCUUACAACGCUCAGUCAGUGUAAUCGUUGAACGUCUAGUGUCAUGCCCCCUGCCGGCGAGAUUGAGUCUACUCCUCCACGCGCCAAUGCAUCAGCUCCAGGUGCUGGUAAAAUAGAAUCCACCCCAAACAGCCGCGGGGCCUCCGUCAUCAGCGAGAACAUCGGCGUGCUUGGUGUCAAGGUUAGGAAGGUCGGCCCAUGGAUUCAACGGGAUAUAGAGCAGGUCAAGGAGUGCAAGGCAGAUGCCAUGCUGCAAGCCCUCCUUCAGCGCGCUUCUUCUGCUCCCAAGACUAAACAGCCCGAGCUUCUGCAAAAGUGUCUCAAGGCGGUUCUGCCUGUUUGCAAUGGACAGUUUUCUACUGCUCUCGUAAAGUCUUCUGACAUCCAGACAGCCCUCAACGAAUACGUAUGUCCAGGGGUAGAGAACCACUUCUACAGCCCUUUCAUAAGAGCCACUAACAUUGCCCUCGCUUGUCUUGAAGAGAUCGAGGUUGAUGGGAUGCGUGCUCCUGUCCCUGCCGUGGACAUGAUCUGCCAGCAGAACGAUAUGCCCAUGCACCAGAUGCACCAGACCAGGAAAUCGAUUCGGAAGCCCGACCUCGUGAUUCUUCCAUUGAAUAGCGCAUGCGUUCCCUUCCAGGAUAAGAAGGGCAGCAAGAAGGGUAAACAGAGUGGUAGACAGAAGAGUAAACAGAAGGACAGGCAGAAGAACGACGAAAAGGACGACGAGAAAAACGACGAGAAGGACGACGGAAAGAACAACGAGAAUGAUGACGGGCAGCGACAGACGAGGCGCAAGGCUCAUAUGGACACGAGUGCAACGGCAAAGCCGCAAAAUCUCCCUUGGAAAGAUGUUCUAGCUUGCAUCGAGUUCAAGAGAAAGACGGCGGGGAGGACGAAAGGGAUCAAGGAACCCCCCUCUUCGUACACAUUGACAGACUAUGUCCCUACCAAGCCAGAAUAUCUGCCGAUCGAUCAUCUUAGGACUGCAGACCCAGCUCCAGCCCCUCCUCAGACCCCAGCAACACAAACUGCAUCCGACACUGCAUCCGCAGCUCAAUCUCCUGGCCUUACUGCCGCCCAGCCUUCGCGGGGCGGGUCCAGCUCCAAACGCAAGGCCACAGACACUUUGGAAUCUGCUGCGAAAAAAUCCAAGGGGAACCACGACGACAAAGACGCUGACGCUGACGCGGACGCGGAUCUAGAUGUGACCGUUCAGACGGGUCUGUACGCCGCCGAAAUGUUCGCAGCGAAUCUUGCAGUCAACUAUCUGCUCAAUAUUAUUGUCGUCGAUGAUGUCGCGUGGAUAUGGUAUUAUGAUCGACAAGGGAUCAUUCAAUGCUCAGGCAUCAACUUCAUUCAAGAUCUCCCGCGAUUUAUGGUGCUGUUGUAUGCUUUACAACGCUUCGAUCUUCACGAUUGGGGCCGAAACAAAGACUUCCUCCCAAUUGAAGUUGAGGGGAAAUCAUGCCACGAAUUCAGAAUAAAUGAUGAAAAACUUGGAGAGGUGGAUUUGCUGCUUCACACCAGCCACGACGAAAGAGUGACGCACUACGGACUGCAAGGACGGGCGACCAAUGUGGUCCCUGUCACCAGCGAAGCGCUCACGAAGAAAUACGGCAAGUUCGAGGAUGGGAUGGUGGCCAAGAUCUUUUGGGGAGAGGCGAGUCGCACUAGCGAGCCGGAGAUUCUGAAAAAGGUUGAGGAGAUCGCUAAGAGGCACGCAACUGUCCAAGGCCACGUUCCUGAGCUGCUUUGGCACCACACGUUCACGAAUCCCACGUCCGCAAUUCGAGAAGCGCUUGAUGUUCCGGAACCUACUACGGGCAGUCGCGUGCUCUAUAUUCUUGUGUUCCGCAAGCUCUUCCCCAUCACUCGGCUUCACGGCAAAGAGCUUUUUGACGUAUGGCGUCAAUGCAUUCUAUGCCACGUUACCCUUUGGAAGGAAGGGGUCUAUCAUCGAGAUGUCAGCCCUGGAAAUCUGAUGUGGUACUGGAAAGGUGACAAGCGGAUAGGCGUUUUGAACGACUACGAUCUAUCCUCAUUGGCGGAUGACCCAGGUCCUCGGGGCAACGAACGCACGGGCACAGUCCCGUUCAUGGCCCUCGAUCUUCUCACCAAAGAUGGUCAACAAGGCAAAGUCAAACACGUAUAUCGCCACGAUCUAGAAUCGUUUAUGUGGGUUUUCACCUGGAUUUGCUUGCGUUACAAGAAUGGAGUCCCUCUAUCACGGGGAUUGCGCCCCUUGGAUGAAUGGGCGACUUUAGGCGCUGUGGCAUGUGGCGUGGAGAAGUACCAUUUUCAGGGUCAUAUGACAGCUUCCGCACCCUUUGGAUCGGGCAUAGACGAAGUCACAUGGGAUUUCAUCGUGGACUGUUUUUUGGUGCUUAAAAGAGAUGCCGACGAGCGAUACUAUCUUUGCCUUAAACGGUCGUCGAGCUCAGGAGAAGGCCAGCAGCCCAACACCCAUGACCCAGAUCCCGAUGCUUUUCUAUCUAGAUUUACAAAUUUAGAGGGUUGGACUAAGCUCGGCAAGCUUGAGUGA